GGGCGGGGAGGGGGGAGCAGCUGGGGCUGGGACAGAUCGGUCCUGGGCAGCCGGCGGCUGAGAGCUCCUGCUGCCGUCGGGAGCCAGAGACGGGCAGGCAAGAGCGCGGGAGAGAAGCGGAGAGAAGCGAGGGACGAGGAAGAGAAGGAACGAGACGGAAAGAGAGAGAAGAGAAAAGAAGGAAGGAAACAGGAGGGAGGCAGGAGAGAGACAGACAGCGACCCCCGCCCCCCGGUGCCGUGGGCCGGAGCAUGGUGCUGUGACCCAGCCCGGGCCGGUCCCGCUCGCCGCCAUGCAGUUCAACAAGGAGGAAUUCCAGAAGUUGGCCGGGAAGACGCUGGGCCAGGUGCACAGGCUCCUGGAGCGGCACCAGCCGGGCGGGGAGACGAUCGAGCUGACGCAGGAGGGGCGGGCGGUGGCGGUGGCGGAGAAGCACCAGCCGGUCGUGGACUGCACCUGCUUCGGCCUCCCGCGCCGGUACAUCAUCGCCAUGCUCUGCGGCUUCGGCUUCUGCAUCAGCUUCGGGAUCCGCUGCAACCUGGGCGUGGCCAUCGUCAGCAUGGUCAACAACAACACCGUGUACCGGGGCGACAAGGUGGUGGUGGAGAAAGCCCAGUUCACCUGGGACCCCGAAACGGUCGGGAUGAUUCACGGCUCCUUCUUCUGGGGCUACAUCGUCACGCAAAUCCCUGGCGGCUUCAUCGCCCAGAAAUUCGCUGCCAAUAGGGUGUUUGGCUUUGCCAUCGUGGCCACCUCGACCCUGAACAUGCUGAUCCCAUCGGCCGCCCGGGUUCACUACGGCUGCGUCAUCUUCGUCCGCAUCCUGCAGGGGCUGGUGGAGGGGGUGACGUACCCAGCCUGCCACGGGAUCUGGAGCAAGUGGGCCCCACCUCUGGAGCGCAGCCGCCUCGCCACCACGGCCUUCUGUGGCUCCUACGCGGGCGCCGUGGUGGCCAUGCCGCUGGCCGGGGUCCUGGUCCAGUAUUCGGGGUGGAGUUCGGUCUUCUACGUCUAUGGCAGCUUUGGGAUCUUCUGGUACAUGUUCUGGUUGCUGGUUUCCUAUGAGAGCCCGGCUCAGCACCCCACCAUCACGGAGGAGGAGCGCCGGUACAUUGAGGAGAGCAUCGGGGAGAGCGCCAGCCUCAUGAACCCCCUGGUGAAAUUCAAGGCCCCCUGGCGCAAGUUCUUCACCUCCAUGCCCGUCUACGCCAUCAUCGUCGCCAACUUCUGCCGCAGCUGGACCUUCUACCUGCUGCUCAUCAGCCAGCCGGCUUACUUCGAGGAGGUCUUCGGCUUCGAGAUCAGCAAGGUGGGCCUUCUCUCUGCCCUGCCCCACCUGGUCAUGACCAUCAUCGUCCCCAUCGGGGGGCAGAUCGCGGAUUUCCUCCGCAGCCGCCGGAUCAUGUCCACCACCAACGUCCGCAAGAUGAUGAACUGCGGAGGCUUUGGCAUGGAGGCGACGCUGCUGCUGGUGGUGGGUUACUCUCACAGUAAAGGCGUCGCCAUCUCGUUCCUGGUCCUUGCUGUGGGCUUCAGCGGCUUCGCUAUUUCAGGGUUCAACGUGAAUCACCUGGACAUCGCCCCGCGUUACGCCAGCAUCCUCAUGGGCAUCUCCAACGGGGUGGGCACCCUCUCGGGCAUGGUCUGCCCCAUCAUCGUGGGGGCCAUGACCAAGCACAAGACGCGGGAGGAGUGGCAGUACGUGUUCCUCAUCGCCUCGCUGGUGCACUAUGGGGGCGUCGUGUUCUACGGGAUCUUCGCCUCGGGCGAGAAGCAGCCCUGGGCCGAGCCGGAGGAGACCAGCCCCGAGAAGUGCGGCUUCAUCCACGAGGACGAGCUGGCCGACGAGGAGGACGAGGCCGCUCGGGCGGGCGACGGGGGCGGGGGGGGCGGCGGCUACGGGGCCACCAGGAGCACCAGCUUCGCCAACGGGGGCUGGGCGGCCGACUGGGACAGGAAGGAGGAGUUCGUGCAGGAGCCCGGCAAGGACACCUACAUGUACGGGGCACCGCGGGAGAGGGACCUGUCCUAGGCACCCCCCGGAUCUCCGCCACCCCCCGGGCACCUCUGCGGUGGUACAGUCCAGGGCAUGGGGCUGAGCUUGGCCACGCCCCCCAUUCUGC